UUCUUACACACCGCAACUAGCUUCUCUAAUUAGACCAGACCAGCAGUAGAAGAGAUCGAGGAGGAGACAUGCGUAUGCAAGCUUAGCUGCCUAGCUGCUUAAUUGUCUUGAGCUUGGCUUUAAUGAACUCCACAGCAGCAGCAAUGGAGCAAAGAGGAGGAGAGCACUGGGGGAGCAUGUGGGAAACAGCAUCAAGACGAAGCAUCCGGCCAUCGGCGCUGUACAGCGGCGGCGGCAGCGAGCCGUCGUGGGAGGAGCAGGCGUUUGCACGCGAUGCGGCAGCGAACCUCGGUGGCUGCGUGUGGCCGCCGCGCUUCUACACGUGCAGCUUCUGCCAGCGCGAGUUCCGGUCGGCGCAGGCGCUCGGCGGCCACAUGAACGUGCACCGCCGCGACCGUGCCCGUCUCCGGCAGCGAUCGUCGUCGCCUGGCCACGAAGAAGAAGAAGAAGAAGGAGAAGAUCAUCAGCAACAAGGCCGCUACUACACAUCUUUCUCUAAACCUAGCUCCACCACCAAUAAUAGUACGAGCAACGAAGACAUAGGAGAUGAUGUACUAGUCGGAGUUACCACUACUCGUGCUUCCCGCUCAUCAGCUACCAUCAUCAGAGAAACCAUCAAGAAGAGAGUCAUCGUCCCGGUGUCGGCGACAGCAGAUGAUGAGGAAGACGACUCUAAGGAGGAAUUGGGGAAAAGGUCCAAGAGGAGGCGGCGUCGGUUGGAUCUGCUGCCGUCGUGUGAAGGACUGAUGGAUCAUCAUCAUCAGGUUGCAAAUAAUAAGGUAUUGAUCACAUCAGCUGCCGCAGCCGCAAGCCCUGCUAGCUCUAAUUCUGCUUCUGCCCUUGUGGAUCAUCAGAAUCAACAAGCGGCAGUCGGAGUGCUAGAUCUAGAGCUUAGGCUUGGGACUACCCCUAAAACUGUUGCUCGCGCUUAAUCUGCAUGAAAUUAAUUAUUGAUAAGUGUAUGCAUGAUAUAUAGGUCUUGGCUGCUCCCAUUUUUCUCAGUUUUUCGACCCCCUUGUGAUUUCUCUUGGGUCUUAAUUUCUCUUGUGAAGUAUAUAUAGCUAAUUGAAUCCAGUCGAAUUGAUGAGUGACAUC